AUGUGCCAGCUAUACCCACUCUGCUAUUCCACACUGUGCCAGGCUAUAUCAACUCUAAUAUUUCAUGCUGUGACAGGUUAUACCGGCUCUGCUAUUUCACCAUGUGCCAGGCUAUACCCACUCUGCUAUUCCACACUGUGCCAGGCUAUAUCAACUCUAAUAUUUCAUGCUGUGACAGGUUAUACCGGCUCUGCUAUUUCACCAUGUGCCAGGCUAUACCCACUCUGCUAUUCCACACUGUGCCAGGCUAUAUCAACUCUGCUAUUCCACAUUGUGCCAGGCUAUAUCAACUCUAAUAUUUCAUGCUGUGACAGGUUAUACCGGCUCUGCUAUUUCACCAUGUGCCAGGCUAUACCCACUCUGCUAUUCCACACUGUGCCAGGCUAUAUCAACUCUGCUAUUUCAUGCUGUGACAGGUUAUACCGGCUCUGCUAUUUCACCAUGUGCCAGGCUAUACCCACUCUGCUAUUCCACACUGUGCCAGGCUAUAUCAACUCUGCUAUUUCAUGCUGUGACAGGUUAUACCGGCUCUGCUAUUUCACCCUGUGCCAGGUAUAUCCGCUCUGCUAUUCCACACUGUGCCAGGCUAUAUCAACUCUGCUAUUUCAUGCUGUGACAGGUUAUACCGGCUCUGCUAUUUCACCAUGUGCCAGGCUAUACCCACUCUGCUAUUCCACACUGUGCCAGGCUAUAUCAACUCUAAUAUUUCAUGCUGUGACAGGUUAUACCGGCUCUGCUAUUUCACCAUGUGCCAGGCUAUACCCACUCUGCUAUUCCACACUGUGCCAGGCUAUAUCAACUCUAAUAUUUCAUGCUGUGACAGGUUAUACCGGCUCUGCUAUUUCACCAUGUGCCAGGCUAUACCCACUCUGCUAUUCCACACUGUGCCAGGCUAUAUCAACUCUGCUAUUCCACAUUGUGCCAGGCUAUAUCAACUCUAAUAUUUCAUGCUGUGACAGGUUAUACCGGCUCUGCUAUUUCACCAUGUGCCAGGCUAUACCCACUCUGCUAUUCCACACUGUGCCAGGCUAUAUCAACUCUGCUAUUUCAUGCUGUGA